UUUAUUCGCCACCUUCUCUGCGCUGCAGCGACUUCAGCACCUUAACACCUCCAACUCUCAAGUCCAUGAUGAGCCUUGACUCAUCUGCCCUACAAGAAGGAAACAUUAUUUACAUCAAAGAAGAGCCUGCAGAUGAAGGGGACAACAAUAUAACAGUGAAGGAGGAACCAAUUUCCGCUGAUAAAAAUGAGCCAACUCCCUCCCCCUUGCUGUGUGUGCCGUGCAAGAAGGAAGCUCCUCUUGAUGAGGCCCACCAAGGCGGCUCACAGGACAUGGUUGCUCAGCCUGAUCAACAGAUCGGUGUGCAGUGCAAGCUGCAGGCCAACGCUGGCCAGAAGAAACAUAUGUUGUUUCCUCGCGUAAACAAGGACCAAGGAAAGGCCGAUAAUGAUGGAAAUAUUCCUACAAAUUCAAGAAAGCAUUCAAAGACGCAUCGAAUUCCCAAGUGUGGUUCUCGAAUUCGCUUGCAAUGUGAAUUAUGUGACUAUAGCACUGAAUCUGUCGCCCGAAAGACGUCUAAAAGCAUCAGAGACCAUCCCGGUAGUGAAGAAACCUCGGUUGAUGCAGAACAGUUACCGGUAACAAAGUCACUUAAACCAAUCAGAAAUAAAAUGAAAGUAGAGUCCGAUUUCCAUCAAAAUUUUUUAGAUCUAGAAAAAGAAAAGCUUGAAUUGCUCCGUAAAGACCAGAGUAAUGAAACUGACGAUUGUCGUCAGUUUUUGUUGAGUUUAGUACCUUCCAUGAAAAACAUGACACUUAGGAACCAGUGCAUGUUUCGAAUGAAAGUACUAAAAUUGGUUUUCCAGUUUUUGCAUGGCGAGGAUCAACAUCUGUAAUAUGUUAACAAAGUAAAAUUAGAAUUGUAAUUCUCAUCGGAUACCAUGUUUUUGCACAAUAUUUUAUUUUUAUUUUUCUGGCACACUUUAUUACAAGCAGUUAUAAUUGCAGUACCUAUGUAUGAUAUGCUUUGUAGUCAUGUAUUAAAGAAUGAUAUGGAAAUUUCAAUUAAGUAUAGCAGUUAAAUGAAAUCCUUAUGAUUAUUCCUUACCUUAUCGUGACAACAAGACGUUCCUCUGGUGAAAUAGCGCUCCUGCAGCUGGUAGACUGUUUGUAGAUGUCUUCCUUGAUGAGGCAGAGUAGGAGGUCGAAAGUUUCUAUCGUCAUUUCUCGUCUGUUCCUUGAAUUUCUGUGCGUCCUUUUUCAACUCACGAAACAAGUGAUGGUAUUCGCCAUGUGCACGGCGUGAUGCGUUGAUAGGAUGAAUGCCUAUCUUUGGAUUCGCACGUUGUAAUUGUAAAAACUUGAGGUAAAAACAAUAAUAUAAGGAUUUUUCAUGGUUUUAAAACCAUAAUAUAAGUUGUUUUCAUGGUUGGAAACUAAAUUCGAAUUCGAUUAUUAAAUUCGAAUACUAAAUUCGAAUAUUUAAAACCAUAAUAAACCCAUAUAUUACCAUAAUAAACCCUGACAGUCGCAGUUGUGCGUGUUUAUUAAUGUGUGUGCUUUGUAAUUAUUUUGGAUUAUGUAAACUUUUUUUAAGGCAAUAUGAAAGAUUUUGAUAGCUUUUUUUGUACCAUCAGGAGUUCUAACAUUUAAUAAUUUACUGUUUAAUAUAAGUUCAUUUAUGUGAUAUAGUUACAUCAACAUGAUGUUCGAUUAUGUUAAUCUUUUUUUAACGGUAUUUUCUACGCUAUAAUGUACAAAUUUUUCAUACGUGUUAUGUAUUAAAUAUAAAAGAAAUGGACUAUACUUUGCGUGUAAAAAUUUAUUAAUAGCGUUGCAAUGAUGGCUAUUUGUAGAAGACACUUCAUGCUGCCAUAAAUGAUUUAUAUUUAUGGAUCUUUCGUAAUGGGUGGUAAUACCUUCAUGAUGUGGCAUUUAUGCCAUUAACUUAUGCUUGCUGCUGCACUGAGCUAGUGGAAUUAGUCUCAUUUAUCAUUAGUCUGAUUAAAUCGCAACUUCACCAAAAACUUGAAAGCAAAGAACACGGAAAUUUGUCAUAUCUUCAUUAAUGUGUUUCGGAGACCAGCCCCUUCAUCAGUUCAAAUAAUUCUAGAGAAUGUUCGUUCAGUCAGCAGUGAACAUUAAAAUUUACCCGAAAUCGUGUAAGAUUUGCACAAGUUUUCAUCCCAGCCGUGUAUAUUUUAAUUGUCUUCGCUGAUUGUACGUGUAAUUUCUAGAAUUCUUCUAACUGAUGACGGUGCUCCCCUC